CACCGUCGACUCGUCCGCUUCGCCUAUGGCGACACGCUCGUCGUUGCCGGGCUGAGGGACGGCAGCGUCGUCGCCUGGCGCCUCGCUGCUCUCGUCGGUGGAGACGUCACGCCGCACGCGACCAUCUCGGCCAGCUCGCCCGAGCCCCUCCUCGACCUGUGCGCCAACCCGGCGCCCGAGUCGGCCCUCGUCGCCGUCCUCUCGCCCUCGUCCCACCUCGCCAUCUACGACCUCUCGUCGCCUUCCUCCUCACUCACCCCGAGCGCCACCUUCCCCACCCGCGCCACCGCCGCGUGCUGGUCCGUCAAGGGCAAGCAGCUCGCCGUCGGCCUCCCGCCCUCGGACGGCGGCGGCAUCGCCCAGUUCACGCCGCAGGGCGAGCACAAGGCGUCGGUCGCACGCCCGGCGAGCCUCGACGCCGACUACGAGGUGCGCGCGCUCGAGUGGCUCGAGAACCACGUCUUCGUCGCGACCUUUGCGCGGCCGCGCACGGCGCCCGGGUCGGGCGACGAGCCGCAGCACGAGGACGAGGUGUUUGUCCUCACACGGGCGGCCGACGGGUCGGUGAGCGAGACGCGGUAUGGCGACCCGGCGCCGCCCUUUGGCAUGAUGGAGCGCCAGGGCAGGCGGUGGAUGGCUCGGUUCAAGGGCUGGGCGCCGUUCAAGCACCUCCUGUUCCAGGCGUCGGCCCCAUCGGGCGACAUCGCCGUCCUCGCGCAGCAAGAGCCUUCCCUCGGCAUGUCGUACCCGCCCUCGGCCUCGGCCUCAACGUCGAGCGCCGGCGAGUGGGCGACAUUGUCCCUCCCCGAGACGUGCCGCCCGACGCUCCCGCUCGGCCCCGAGGGCAACGACGUGUGCUGCAUGGCGCUCGAGGGCGUCGUCGCGUACUGGGUCGUCGGCAACGACAAGGACGGCGCAGGGCGGUACCCGGGCAUGGUCGAGGCGCGCGACGUCCAGAGCGCGCCGGCUCCCGCACCCGCCGCGGCGCCGAGCCAGCCCGCCGCCGCCGCCGCCGCCGCCGCACCAAGCGGCUUCGGCGCGUUCGCCAAGCCCGCCGCCACGACCUCGCCGUUCGGCGCGCCUGCCUCGACCUCGCCUUUUGGCGCCCCGUCCUCCUCGCCGUUCGGCACCGCUUCCUCCUCGCCGUUCGGCACUGCCGCCAAGCCCUCGACGACGCCCGCAUUCGGCACGACGUCCGCGUUCGGCUCGUUCGCCUCGCCCUCGUCGACUGCCGCGCCCGCGUCGGCCGCCGCCUCGACCCCAACCACUGGCGGCGGCUUCGCGAGCGUGCCCUCGAGCGGCGGGUUUGCCGCGUUCGGCGCAGGCGCAGCGUCGAGCUCGCCCUUCGCCUCGGCCGCCGCCGGUGCCGCCAAGCCUGCAGGCGGCUCGCCGUUCGGAUCGGGCGGCGCUUUCGCGUCACCAUCGUCGUCGCCGUUUGGCGGCGCGGCGAGCAAGGCGCCCGCGUUCGGCUCGACAGCGGCAUUCGGCGCCACGGCAGGGGCUGCAUCGUCGGCCUCUCCCGCCGCCGGCUUCGGCGGGUUCAGCUCGAGCGCGCCCGGCGGUGGAGCCGGGUUCGGCGGGUUCGGCGGCGGCACGGCGGGCAAGAGCAGCUUUGCGUUCGGCGCGCCGGCCGCUCCCUCGCCGCUCGCGUCGACGACCGCGACGACGGGCACCAAGCAGGGCUUUUCGUUCGCGCCGACGUCGACUUCGGCGCGAGGGCGCACGACGACCGGUUCGGACGACGAGGACGCGUCGGACGACGACGACGGCAUGGCCGACGACACGGCGAGGGCCGACGAGCCGCCCGACCUCGACCCGACUCGCACCGGGCUCGACCUCGGCGAUAGCAUGCGCGAGGCGGCGGCGCACAAGAAGCAGACGGCCGCCGCCGCCGCCGCCGCCGCAGAUUCGUCGAGUGCCGGCAUCGAGCUCGGCAGCCUCGGGUUUGGCACGCCGUCGCCAGCGCCGGCGGCGAAUGCGGCGCCAACCGCGUUUGGGGCGUUCUCGGCGUCGAGCAAGCCCGCGACGUCGUCUGGCGGGUUCUCGUUCGCGCCCACUUCGACGGCGGGUACGGUCAAGCCGAGCGGAUUCGCCGCUUUCGCCGCACCGCCGUCGUCGACCGCCUCGGCACCCGCCGCGUCUACCUCGGCCGCCUCGCCGUCGGCCACCGCGCCAGCGCCGGCAUUCGGCUCGAGCGGCGGCUUCGGCUCGUUCGCCAGCCCCUCGUCGAGCUCGACGUCCGCUUUCGGGCAGACGAGCGCGCUCGGCAAGCCCGCCGCAUCUUCGCCGUUCGGCGCCUCGACCUCGAGCAGCACGGCGUCGCCCAAGCCUGCGUUCGGCUCCUCGGGCUUCGGCUCGUUCACCUCGAGCGGCGCCAGCAUGACGGCGGGCGGGUUCGGCGGGUUCGCGCCCAAGGUCGAGGAGAACAAGGUCCAGGUCAAGGAGGAGGAGCCGGCGGCGGUCGAGGACGUCGUCGAGGAGAAGCCGGUCAAGGCCGAGGAGAAGGUCGACAUCAAGAAGGAGCUCGACGUGUCUGCGCCCGAGGACGACAAGAAGGGCGUCGCGAGCUCGUCGGCGCCGACACCGGCUGCACCCGCCACGACCGCCACGCCCGAGCCGGCCCCUCGCGCUGUCACCCCCUCAUCCGCCCCGUCGCCGUCGCCCGCUCCCGCCGCCUCGACCGCCACUCCUGCGUCGUCAACCUCGUCCAAGCACGGCCCCGCAGCCCCGACCGCGACCGAGCAGGCGCCCAAGCCGACGUUCUCGUUCGCGCCCAAGCCCGACGCCGCCGCCGCCGCCGAGCGGGACGACAAGCCCGCCUUCUCGUUCGCCCCGGCCUCGGCCGCCACCUCGACGGCUGAGACCAAGCCUGCGCCUGCGCCCUCGCCGUCGACCUCGGCGUUUGGAGCGUUCGGCGGCGGCUCGAGCACAAGCUCGUUCCCCAAGGCCGCCUCGACCGGCGGGUUCAGCGCGUUCACGUCGUCGUCGUCAGGCGGCUUCGGCUUCGGGUCGGCCGCCAAGCCGAGCUCGCCGUCGACGAGUACGGGCUUCUCGUUCGGCUCGUCGGCCGCCAAGCCGCCGCCGCAGUCGACCGGCGGCUUCUCGUUCGCGCCCAAGGCGACGACCGCGCCCGCGCCGGCUGCGACGUCGGCGUUCGGCUCGGGCGGCACGGCGCCCAAGCCGCUCGACGUUCCCGGCUCGCAGCCGGCGCCGUCGUCGAGCGCCAAGAGCCUGUUCGGGUUCGCGAGCAGCCCGCCCGAGGAGCGCAAGCGCGCCGAGGUUGGGCUCGGCGAGGCGCAGGGGAGCCUCCUGAGCAGGCUCGGCGCGCAAGAGGGCGCGCAGGACGAGUCGGGCGAGGAGGGAGAAGGAGACGAGGACGAGGACGAGGACGAGGGCGAGUACGACGACGAGGAGCAGGAGGGCAGCUACGACGAGGAGGACGGCCAAGAGCAGGACGAGCAGGAGCAGGACGACGAGGACGAUGAGGACGUGUCCGGCGACGACGACGAGGCCCAGGACGAGUCGCCGUCCAAGCCGUCGCUCCUCUCUCGCCUGAGCCCGGCCCCGCCCUCGCCGGCCGCAACCGACCCCGACACCGCCUCGCCGACACCCGCAGCUUCGACCAAGCCGCCGGCGUUCAGCUUUGCCGCGCCCGCGUCGCCGUCGCCCUCCCCUUCUCCUGCCGUCGCGACCUCGACCACCUCAUCGAGCUCGCCCGCCAAGACGCCCUUCAGCUUUGCGCCUGCCGCCACCUCUGCGCCCUCGCCUUCGCCCUCGUCGACCACGGGCGCCGCCGCGGCCGACGCCGCGACGAGCAAGCCGCCGUCGUUCCUCAACUUUGCGUCGUCGGCGCCGAGGACCAGCUCGCCGCUCGCCGCGCCCCCGCACGGCGUCCCGUCGUUCGGCGCGUUCGGUGGGUUCGGCAACGCGGCGCCCAAGAUCAGCUCGCCGCUCGCGCCGCAGCCGCAGGUGGACGACAAGGCGUCCAAGCCGGCCUUCUCGUUCGCGCCCGAGCCGACCUCGGCGCCGACCACGACCGAGGCGAACAAGCCCGCCGCCCCUCCGCCGUCCUCGCUCGGCGACUUUGGCGGCUUCGGUGGCAGCUCGGGGGCGCCGCCUGCAGCGACCACGAGUGCGCCGCCGCCCGCUGUCACCGACAAGCCCGUCGCGGCCCCGUCGUUCGGCGGGUUCGGCGGGUUCGGCGCGCCCAAGGUCGACGCCGCCAAGCCGACGGCGCCGUCCUUUGGCCUUGGCGCUCCCGCCGCUGCGCCCAGACCGUCCUCGCCCGUUCCUGCGCCGACGCCGACGCCGACGUCCGCCAAGGUCGCCGCUCCUGUCGUCGCGCCUGCGCCCAAGCAGAGCCCGCUCGUCGAGGGCAAGGUGCCCAAGUUCGGCGUUCAACUCGUCGCGGCGGGCAGUGCGCCGGUGCCGCAGGUCGAGGAGCAGGGCAUGGCCGGCGAGUUCCUCCGAGCGUACCUCGGCGUGCAGCAGGACCUUGAGCGUCUGCGCGACGACACGUCGUCCGUCAAGUCGUUCGUCGCCGACCUCGAGAAGCCGUACCAGUCGACCCGACCUGGCGAGCCGUGCAGCUACGAGGCCAAGGACUGGGCCAUGGGCGACCUCGGCAAGUUGCGCGACCUGACGGCGAGCGCCAAGCCAGGUGUCGAGUCGCUGCAUGCCGCCGCCGUCGCCCAGAAGAAGCGCAUCGUCGAGCUCCAGAGCCAGCUCCUCAAGUCCGAGACCAAGCGCGAGGAGGCGGCGCGCUUCAUCCGCGCGCGCGAGGACCCGGCGUUCGCCAAGAUGGUCCGCGUGCGCCAGCUCGGUUCCGAGCAGAGCGAGAACCAGCGCCGUAUCCGCCUCCAGGUCGACGCCGUGCGCACCAAGAUUGAGCAGCUCGAGGAGCACAUGCUCGGCCUCAAGGACCAGCUCGCCAAAGAGAAGCACGGCCGCCCGUCGCUCAAGGCCCCAUCGCUCGACUCGAUCAGUCGUGCGCUGCGCAACAUCACGGUCGCCGCGACCGAGAAGGCCAACGAGCUCGACGCCCUCACCUCGCGCGUCGACCGCCUGCGCGUCCAGCCCGCCGAGCGCAGCGCGACGGCGCGUCGUGCCUCGACGUCGUUCGUCCCCCUUGACGACGCUCUCGACCGAUCCGUCGCCCGCUCGUCGCCGGCGCACUCGACGCCGGCGCGCAAGGCCGCCGCGCCGCCGAUGAGCGCCGCUCGGGCCGCCAAGGCGGCGCUCGUCGCCGAGCGCUCGGCCGCGACGCUCAAGCGCGCGCUCCUCGCCGUCCGGGCCACCGAGCCGCUCGUCAAUCGCUCGGCGUGCGGCGGUGCCGGCUCGACCUCGUCGUCGUCCAUCGGCGAGCUUCAGAGCGCGUUCACCGCCGGCCCGGUCGAGUGCCUCCCUCGCCCCAGGCGGUGGGCGCCUCCUCCGCCUCCGACACCGCCCCGUGCCCUGUCGCCGCCGCCAGUUCUCCCGACCGUGCGCCCGUCGCCUGCGCCAUCGCCCGCCCUCGGCUCGUGGACGCCAACGUCGAGCUCGUUCGGCCUCUUCGGUACACCCACGCCGCAUGGUCCGACCUCAUCGACGCCCAUCCCGUCGCCGGCGCCGCCGUUUGCACUCAAGCGGCCCCUGCCGGCCGCCGCAGCCGCCCUGGCGCCCGCCGCGCCGUCGUUCAGUGCCGCACCCGGCUUCACCCAGCCCUCGUCGAGCACGCCCGGCGGUCCGCCGGCCCUGACGUUCAAGGCCAUGCCGUCGUUCGCGUUCGCGCAGCCCGUCGCGACGAGCAUCUCGACGGGCAACUCGCCUGUCUCGCGCGGGUCGGGCCGUCACUCGUCGUCGCGCGCGCACAGCUCGGCGGUCGCGCUCAAGCCGAGCACGGCCAGCGCGCCCUCGCCCGCAGCGAGCUUCGACUGGGGCGCACUGCCGUCGGCGGCGACGUCGCCCAAGCCGGCGCCCAAGUCGUCGGGCUUCUUCUCGCUCACGCCGUCGUCGUCGUCGUCACCCUCGGGCACGCCGGCUGCGACGCCGACCAAGCCGCCCUCGUUCUCGCUCGGCGGCGGCGGGUUCGGCGGGUUCGGCUCGACGACGCCGUCCGCAACGCCCAAGGCGGGCGGCCCGAGCGGCUUCUCGUUCGCGGGCUUUGGCGCGCCCGCGACCAGUUUGAGCGCGCACGGCGCUCACGGCGAGCUGGCGGGCGAGGGAGAGGACGAGGAGCAGGUCGACGAGGGCGAGCAGCAGGAGGACGAUGAGCAGGACGACGAAGAGUGGGGAGAAGAGGACGAUGAGGAGGACGAGGACGGUCUGAGCGCGAUUGACGAGGAGGCCGAGGAGGGCUCCGAGUAGCUCUCGCGGCGUGCAGUCUAGUGGCUAUCUCUACUC